UUUAUUUGACACGCUUCGACAUCCGUUAAUUACCUCAAUUCACAUUUCAAUAUGCGGAAAUACGAAUACUUUCGAUGCUUUAAUUGGCCAAUUUUGAGUGGAAAAUCAAUGAUCAGCAGUGAAAAUGGUAUUAGUUUUCGUGAAUCCAUCGAUAAGUGAAGAUGGGCUUGAAGCAGCUCUGGCUUUUCCUCUUUGUGUUACUGUACUUUGUCAGUGAAGUAUGUGUCGACUGCAUAGUAAAUAUAUUGAACCCAAUAUUAAUCUGAAUAUCUCCAAGAUCGCAACGAAAUUUGAGUUUACGAACCUCAAAUGCAGUUGCCCGAUUAAGGAAUUCUGUACCGUCGAUUAUUGCUAUCUUAAGUCGGUGAAUCGUACCUACAAAUAUGCGUCCAUAAGAAUUAACGUUUUCGCUACCGUUACGAAUGUGGAGGUAAAUGGUGCAACGUUCAAGCGGAUGAAUGGAUACAAGCCGUUCCUCUACAAUGUGACAGUCGAUGGCUGUAGAUUUAUGGAAAAUCGUAAUCGUAAUCCCGUUGCCAACUACCUGUUUGGCUUUCUGGGGAAGUACCACAAUAUAAACCACACAUGUCCCUACUCUCACGACAUUAUUAUCGACAAGUUGUCUAUUGGCCAUGUGAAUGAUCACAUGAUGGAGUUCCUGCCGUUUGCCAUAGGCUCCUAUCUUUUGCAGGCCAGUUUCAGUAUUGAUGGCAUCCGUCGACUUGUCCUUCAGUUCUAUGGAACCGUUUCCUAAAUUGUAUACUGCCUUUUUUUGUAACUCUA